AUGAUCGUUGAAGCUGCUUUUUCUCGAAACUGCCGUACAAAUGACUCGAGUGCAGAUAUCCCUACUCUCUACGACUCGAGCCAGCAAGACCUCAGCCACCUGGAUGGCUGCACCAACCUCACCGGCAACAUCGUACUGUUACCCGACUACUCCGGUCCGUUCAAGCUGAAUGGCGUCACAGAAUUAAAUGGCGGAAUCGCGAUGAACGCUUCCGAGUACUCGGAGAAUGUGGAAUCUUUCGAGAUGCUCGAUGUGGUCAACUACGCUGGGAUACUGGAGCUCUACCAGGUUUCCGACGUGCGGCUCCUCAAGGUUUAG